AGAGUGAAAUAUGCGACUUGAUUUUGAUACGUUUGGAUGUUUAUAUCUAUUUGUAAUUCCAUUUGUGGUUCAACCAUUUCUUUCGUGUUGGUUAACGCCAAAUGUUAAUGACGAUAAUGUUAAUGGCUAUGUGGACGAGCGGUUUGAGACCGUUUUAGAAGCAUUCCGACGAAAUUUUGGACAAGGAGAAGAACGUGAAGGUGCUGCGUUUGCAGUUUAUUACAAAGGAAAAGAAGUAGUAAAUCUAUGGGGUGGAUAUGCUGACAAAGAGUCGGGAAGAAAAUGGUCAGAAAACACCAAAAGUGUGAUGUUUUCUGCAUCAAAGGCCGUUUGUUCUAUUGUGAUAGCUGUAAUGGUUGACAGGGGUCUUCUAAACUAUGCAGAUCGUGUGGUAGAUUAUUGGCCAGAGUACGGGCGAUAUGGUAAAAACGCGACUACCAUAGAAGACGUACUUUCUCACAAAGCAGGACUUCCGUAUCUCAGUGAAGAUAUCUCAAUAGAAGACGUCAAAAAUGGAUUGAAAAUCAUGGAAAAAGUAGAAAACUCUGUUCCAGCUUGGACUCCUGGCACCGCGUCCGGUUAUCAUGCGGUUACUUUUGGGUUCAUUUUAGAUGGAUUGGUCAGAAAAGCAGAUCCACGUGGCAGAAAUAUAAAGAGAUUUUUUGAGGAGGAAAUUGCUAGACCAAACGAUCUCGACAUUCAAAUCGGUGCCCAAAAAUCAGAGGCUCCAUAUCUCGCUCGUCUCACAACACCGUCUUUAUGGGAAUUCACGCGUGAUAUAAUAAAGGACCCAAAAAUUCUUAUUAUGCUUGGACUUAUGUAUAUCCGCUUUGAUACACUUGUUCAUAAAAUGAGAUCAAAUCCAGAUUGGCUACUCGUUAAUUACGAUACUAUGGUAUUAAACGAUCCCGAGAUUGUUUCUCUAAAUCUUCCCGCUGUAACCGCUAUUGGAAAUGUGAGAGAUGUUUCAAGGUUGUUAUCAAUGAUCGUUGAAAAGGAGCUAAUAUCAAAUACCACACUCCUCGAACUUUCCCGGCCUACGUUAAACAGCUGGCAUUUCGAAAAAGUAACUAUCUGGCCGGUUAUCAAAGGGCAUGGGUUCUUCUAUGAAAAACACCCAUUGAUACCUGAAGCCUUCACAUUUGGCCAUCCAGGUUACGGUGGACAGUUUGUUCACAUGGAUCCAGAAUCUCAAAUUUCAAUUACAUAUUUAUCAAAUGGUUUGAAAACUGGCACUGGAGAGCUUUGCGGAACAUAUAUGAGAUUACUGAACGAAGUAUACAAUAGUUUGAGGAGAAUAUAAUCUGAAGAGAAUAUAGUUUCAUUUUUCUAACAGUUACCUCACUUCUUUUCAUGUUUGUAUAUUUAAAAAAAAACAACACAACAAUGCUUAAUUCGUCAAAUAUAUGAUCUCAACCUUUUCUCAUCAAUGCCUUGCUCCUUCGCGUGACAUGAAUAUUUAACUUCCAAAUAUUAACUCUACCUUUUAUGAAAAUGUCUCAGAUA